AAUCGAUUUACAAACCAGCGCGCAAGACAACACGUGUGACACAUAAAAACUGUGGUUAUGUUUACUCUUAAAAAAUAAUUUUGCGGUUAGUUAGAGACAGUUAAAGAGAUCAACAAUGUCUUUGUCGCAGAAACACUACGGAAAAGUGUUAGUCCCCUGGUUUAACACAGCGGAAUGGAAAGCCGUCUACAAUUUAAUUUACUCGGAAACAGGCCAGGACUGGCCGAAGGCCUUGUCCAUUUUAAAAAUCUGGAAGCUCCGAACGCCCUUAUUAUCAUCAGGGGUGGAGGGAACCCUCAUAGUCCUGGAAGCCCUUCUCGUAAACACAAAUCUUCUGUCUUCGUACGAAACUAGCCACAUUUUUUGCACCUCUCUGGUCCGUUUCUUAAACUUGUGUGCUGCCAACAGCGCCAAACAAGGCACGUUUUAUAAAACUGCGAUAAAGAAUGAUUUGCCAAAGUGGCUGAUUGGUUUGAGACAUGAUAUCGCCCACAGUCACAACGUUCCACCUUUGUCGAUGUUAGAAUUGGGUCUUAAGUUUUGUUUGGGUUGGUUGAAAGGGAAAUACUGGGACGUGCAGUGUGACAACAUGGCUGAUUUUGUGGUUGAGAAAGCGACAGGCAAUGGUAUUGAGGAUGCGUUUUAUAUUUUGGAAAAUCUGGGCGAGAAUGGAGUGCACGAAAAUAUUAAAUUAAUGAAGAAGAUUAAUAAUUUCGUGGGGGAAGCACAGAAACAGACCAGUUGCAAAAAAAUGCAAGAAUAUGUGCUAAAUAGAUUGCGGAAAGAAAUAACAACUAAUAAAGAAGCAAGUGUUGGUGCACUUUGUAAAUUACUGAUUGAUGAUCUUACAAUUUUGUCAAUUCAGAUAGAGAUUGAUGAGUCAGGGGUUAAAAGAAUUCCGCCUGAUUAUUUAAAUAAAUGGAAUAAAUUAUUCGGUGGUAUGUACGAAGCACAAAUAAUGCCUGAUUUUAUUUACAAACUAUUUAACUUCGUGUGUGACGACAGAAACGAUUUGUUACACAGAGAAGUUGCAAGUUUAUGGAUCAAAGAAAUUUUUUUAGCCCUCAUUAAUCAACAAAAUAAUGAUAAAAAUAUAGCUGUUUUGUCGUUCUCAAGUCACAAUAAUUCUUUGAAAGACAAACAUUUAGUAACAGAAGUGCUGGAAAGACUAACCCCUUUCACUCCAAAUUUUGCUAGAGAGGUUUUAAUUUACAACAACGCUCCUGUUGAAUUAAUUGAGGAUUCACUUUGCCUCAUGUCUGCAUUUGAUACACACAGUGCCACCACUAAUGGGAAAAUUUUUACAGUUGAUGAUUUAGAUUUAAUUGAAGAAACUUUUAAUGAUGUAAGGGACGUGCCAACGCAAUCAAAAUCGCGCUGGACUUUAAUUGAAGAUACAAGUUUGUUCCUUAAUUUGCCCUUAGGAGUCUUGCCCCAUCAAGACAGAAAUAAAAGUCCUCUUCUAGAUGUAUGAAGUUUAUAAAUAUAAUUUUUGCUGAUUUUAAA